UAUAUUUAUUUUCUCUUUGACUAGAAGUAUCCCAAAUCCAAAAACUCAUCGUCAUCGGCGGAAAACCCAAAACCAGCACUCUUUCAUAACGAACAAUAACACACAUUAAAUGCUCUCUCAGGUUUCUCAGUCACAAUUUGCUGUCUCCUCCUGUCCUUUUUCUCACUCUCACUGUGUCUGUCUCGUGAACACCGCCAUUUUUUUUUAAUUCAAUUUUCUCUGGAAAAACAAUGACAAAAACAAAAACAUGCAUUCUUUUUCUCUCUAAUGCCCUAAACUAAAGGACAACAAAACGCAUAAACCAGCCACUAGAAACUAAUUUCGCAUAUUUCAUGGCAACAACAACUACAACUACUACUAGUACAACUACCACUACUCAUCUCAAAGUUCAAGCUCAGCCCAUCAAGCCCAAACGCCGCAAGUAUCGUGAAACCACUAUCUCCUCCUCUGCCACCCCCACCACCUCUACCGCCAUUACUACUACUACUACUGACUCCUCUGACCUUUACCCGACUCGGAAACUUGACCCGCCUACGAUAGUCUCGCCUGAUAAUUCCUGGUGCUGCCCUGCUUCAAAACCCAUUUCAAAUCCUCCACCAACGCCGCCGCAGCCGCAGCCACAGCAACAACAGCAAAGAUCCGUCCGUACACCCGUAAGAGAGGCUGACCCGAUACUAAUACCGUAUUCGCCUUCAUCGUUCAGGAUCCGGUUCUCUCCCGGGAGUCUAUCGCCAGUCAUGGACUUCACGCAUACCUCACCAACAUCAUCAACGACAACAACGCUCAACGGUCACUCCUCAGAUUCAGCAUUCUCUUCAAGUUUCAGCAAAUUUAAUUCGGCUUUAACCGCGGGUCUUUUAAACCCGAUGUCGCCCCCACCGGAUAAAACCCGUUCCAGCCCGACACUUUUCGAAAUGAUGGCGAGUGAACCCGAGGUUCACCCGAAAGCCCAGAUCCCAACAAGCCACAACUGUAUCCCCAUAAUUCCGCCAAAAAUGAGUCACUACCAACAACAAACAUUUGAUAGCCAGCAAUUGAAAAUGCAAAGAAUUUCAGAUCUUUUGCUGACGAGGAGUCCAGGUAAUCAGUUCAACGAGGCGGCGUCGAGUGACAUAAAACUAACUCUGAGUUCUAAGGAUGGUAUAAGCGUGUCCAUCAAUGUGCACAGACAGAUAAUUGUGGCACAUAGUAGAUUUUUCGCGGUUAAGUUAUCGGAUCGGUGGACAAAACAGCAGCAGAAAACUAAUCUUCCGUACAUUGUGGAGAUUGCGGAUUGUGAUGACGUUGAGGUUUAUAUUGAGACUUUGAGGUUGAUGUACAGUAAGGAUCUUAAAAAGAAGUUGAUGAGAGAGGAUGUUUCCAAAGUUCUUGGUAUCUUGAAGGUUUCAGCAGCGAUUGGGUUUGAUGCGGGGGUUUUAUCUUGUCUAGAGUACUUAGAAGCUGCACCAUGGGCUGAGGAUGAAGAGGAGAAAGUGGCUUCACUGUUAUCAGAGCUCCGACUUGAAGGUGUUGGAGCUGGUGAAGUUUUGAAGAGGGUUUCAGUUGAAGUUAAUGGUGGAACAGAAGAGGGUAGUGACAACGAGGAGGUGCUUCUCAAGCUUUUACAUGUAGUUCUUGAAGGCAAAGAUGAGAAGGCAAGACGCGAAAUGAAGGGGCUGGUAUCUAAGAUGCUCCAUGAAAAUUCAUCUCAAAAUGAUCUUCGAAAGGAGUCACUGUACUCUGCUUGUGAUGGGUGUUUAAAAUUGCUACGCCAGCAUGUUCUCCAGGUGGCAACAGGGGAUUUGCAGGAUGUGGGACAGAUUGCCAGGCAGGCGGAUAAUUUGCAUUGGAUUUUGGAUAUCUUGAUUGAUAGGCAGAUUGCUGAGGACUUUUUAAAAACAUGGGCUUCUCAAUCUGAAGUAUCUGAGGCACAUUCAAAAGUUCCAGCCAUCCAUAGGUAUGAGAUUAGCAGAGUUACUGCUAGACUGUUUGUUGGAAUUGGCAAAGGACAGUUAUUGGCUUCAAAGGAUGUGAGAUACUUGCUUUUAAGGACUUGGUUGGAGCCUUUUUAUGAUGAUUUUGGGUGGAUGAGGAGGGCAUCCAAAGGCCUUGAUCGACACUUAAUUGAAGAUGGUCUUAGUAACACGAUUCUUACUCUGCCUCUAUCUUGGCAACAGGAAAUUUUGCUUGCUUGGUUUAAUAGAUUCUUAAACUCUGGUGAGGAUUGUCCUAACAUACAAAGAGGGUUUGAAGUUUGGUGGAGGAGGGCCUUCUGGAGACGCAAUGGUGAGCAGGAACGACCAAGGCAAUUACGAAUUACAACUGCAACUAUUGAGAACUCAUAAAUUUACCUCUUGCACCAUGAAAUAAAUGAUAAUGCUCUAAUGGAUCUAUUGCCUUCUUGUGAUUGCUUUGGUCUUGGUUCUACAUUAAUUUUUUUCUUUUUUGUCUCCUUCCUUGCUAAACCAGGACUGGAUAUUCUUUGGAGGAGUUGAGUUUCACUGUAGUGGACAUGUGUCUGUUUGACUUCAUAUAACCGGGUUUAGUCUGGAAGAAGACGAACAUUCUCUGAAUGCAACUCACAUAUAUAUGUGAAGAUAAACUCAAUAGAAUGCUUGUUUUGUCCAUUUGACGCUUGAGUUGGUGCACGUAUACUUUUGGCAUUGGAUUUAGUUUUCUUAUUAGGAUGGUCCAUCUGUUCUUAUGUUAUCAUCUUAUAUUUAUAUAGACUCUUAUAGUCUUAUUCAGUGGAUCUCAAAGAAGAGGAACAUUCUGGCUAACCAGGAUUGGUUGUUCAUGUCUGAGAUAUUAGAACUGGUUUUUAUUGCAAGAGGGCUAGUUAAAGCAUCCAGCAAAUGUGAUUGGAUAGCAACAAUGAUGGGCUCAGCUUCGCUUUGUAAUCAGUUCUGUCCAUGUUGACAAUGGAUAAGCUUGGAGCUAUGAGAUGGUGGAAAUUAAGUGUAACUAUAUAAGGUUAUAUGGGAUAUCUCUGAAAAAUCAAUUUGGCCGCUGAGUAGUUGAAGCAUUACAAACAGUUACCAUCAUUAUCAUUUCUCAUUGCUGUACUGCCAUUUUAUUGGAUUGGGUUGGUACUGGAUCAGUUGGUGUUAAUCAUAUGAAUUACCAUGCAUGGUGUUAGAUAACUAACCUGUAUUUAUUUUUAUUUUUACUUUCGGAAAUGUUAUUAUAAGUUUAAUUGACACUCAUCAGUUUGAUUUCUUGGCUCAGUCUUAAGUUUUGAAUUUUCUUAUUUAGAUAAAUUCUCUCACCAGUUCCUCUGAC